UUUAAUAAAUAUGGAGAGCAAUUGUGCUGAGAAGAUAGUUGUUACCGUUGAUGAGGUCACUGGGUUUGGACGAAAAUUAGCGAGGUUCGGAAAACUACCAAUGGGACAGAUUUGCGGAGAAAAUGAGUACUCAAGUUCUGGCGAAGGGGAAUCAAGCAGCGGAAGUAGCACCCAAAGCGAAGAAGAUUUGGUAAUGAGAGAUAGUUAUUGCGUCAACUGAGGAAAAAGCUUCUGUUUAGAAGGUGAGGACAGACAUAAGACAUGUUGGCAAGAAAACACUGAACCACUAAUUCCUUCCAAAAAGUUUGAUUGAGAAAAUAUUUUAAUUGAAGACCAUGAAAUUGAACAGGAAAUACAAGAAAUGCUAAAAUUAAAAGAAACUUUUUUAUUUAAUCAAAAUAAGAUUGAUAGCGAUAAAUUAGAUAAAGAAGCAAACAUCAGAGAAAUUGACAGAAGGCUAGAAGAACUAUCCCAGUUCAACACUCCUUGUGGAGUCCACCGUGAAGAUGAGGAUAGUGAAGAGGAAGGAGAAGAAGGCGAUACAGAUGAAAAGGUGGAUACCCUUGAUUGCACUUAUGGUCCUGUCAACAAAUUCAAAACUAGGAAAAUUUUAAAGGCUUUCUGAGCAAAUCACUCAGAGCCUUUACAUGAGAAAUUAAUAGAGAAUAGAUGUAGCGAAUGAAACGAACAAGGCAUGGUUUUAGAUUCCAAAAAUGAAAUCGAGAAACAUCUGAAAGAAAAGAUUAGUCAAUUUACUCAAAAUUUUCAAGAAUUUGAACCAGAACUUAUGAAAGAGAAACUAUACACAUUUAUUCAGCAAUGAUCUGAAGAGGCUAAAUCAAUCCUUGAGUCUGAUAACUUAGUCGUUCAGAGAGAAGGAAAUGAUGUUCCAGAAGAAGAGAGUUUCUUAAAUUCAAAUUCUUGGGUAGAUAUUAUCCUAAAAAUGAAUGAAAUGCUAAAAAGUGGUGUUGAUAAAUUUGAAGUCAAGCCUGAGCUUAUUAACAAAGAUACAAUCUCAGGAUUGAUUAGAACCUGCUGUACAAAGUUUGUAGGACAAGAGCUCUUGUUCAGUCCAACCCUUGAAGUCUCAGACUCUAAUAUUCAAAUUGAAGAAUCCAGUGUGCCAAAGCAGGAGAGUCAAGAGUCUUCCGAUGAAGAAAAAUUGAUUUCAAAAGAAGUGGUUGAAGAAGACCAUAAAUCAGAAGAGAAAAUAUCUGAAGAAAAUAAGCCAGAUGAAAAUAUUUCCUUAGAGAAAAGAUCGGACUCCAACCAAUUGCUUGAAGAAUCAAUUCAGGAAGCUACAGGAGGAAACAAAGUCUCCCCACUCAGAUCUGAAGGUGAAGGUCAAGAGAACUCUGAUGAGAGGAAGAAAUCAUUAGAAGCUCAGAAGGAAAUCGAUAGUGGCGAAUUUAUAAAAAGGAGUAGGUCAAAGAGUCAAUCUGACCCGCCAAAAAUAGAAAUUGACCAAGAAAAUUCAAAAUCUGAAGAAAAGGAAGUCUCGCUAAUUAAAGGCGAACCUUCACAGAAACAGGACCAAGAUAGUUUGCAAAUGCCUCAUCCUGAUUUUUCUUCAGCACACGGGCAAGAUUUAUCUAAGAUGAAAAUUACCGAUCCAAGUGAGAUUAAGGAUGAUAAAUCUAAUACUCCUUCUGAAGAGGAAAAGAAGGAAUAUAUCGGAUUAUUUAAAGGAGGAUUGAAGAUUAGUGAGAUGGAGAAUUCAGAAAUAUCCUCACAAGCAAAAUCAUUCUUCCAGUCUAAGUCCUCUAAUAUAUUUGCAGAGGAUGGGAAUAGCUAUACAGACUAUCUCCAACCUCUUGCUUGCACAAAGAUCGGAUUUAUUAUGAGAGAUAGAGAUGCGAAAGUCAUGCUCUAUACAAUGAGUCUUGAAGACCACCACUCUGGGUUUGAAGCUAUGGACAUGUCUAAAUACUUCUCUGACUACAGCCAAGGAGACUAUAUCUGUAUCAAUGAUGUCCUUUAUUUGUUUGGAUACCUCAAAAUGGAUGGUAGUUUUAGCAACAUUAUUUAUCAAAUCAAUCUUUCUGGCACAAAAAUUGGUGUAGUUAAGGCUCAUGAGGGAGGCCAAGAAUCGAGUCCUGAAUUAAUCAAUAAAGCUAUUGUUGGAUUCCAUUACAAUGGGGCUAAUUUCAUUCUCCUCAGUGGGGGGUUCAAUCCAAAUGAAGGCUAUACAAGUGAUGCAAACUACGUGUUUGAUCCUGAAACAUUUGAGCUCUCAGAGUCUAUAAAGCUAAAUUAUCAAAGAUCUCAUCAUUCAUUAUGUCAAAUGAAGGAACACAUUUAUGUAAUUGGAGGUCUCAAAAAUUUUGAAGGAAAGAGUCAGUAUGUAGGCAGUAUCGAGAGAGUACAUAUUGAAGAUUUAUCAGACUCUUCCAGACAAUUUCAAAUAUGCAUGAAUGAAUCAACCCUUGACUCAAAAUUCGCAAUUGACAGUGCUUGUGUUCCCCUAGGUGAUAAGAUUCUAAUAUUCGGAGGGAAGAAGUUAUCUCUGAAAUAUUUGUCGCGCUUUGGAUUCUUGUAUCAUCUUCAAAAUAAUUUCUUAAGUGAUAGAAUAGCUAUAAAGCACGAUACAAGUGCUCAGAUAAAGAUUGAACACAGCGUGAGAUUCUUCUCAAAUUUCGUCGUACAGAAAAAGAAAGAUCUUACAGAAGAAAAGCUGCAGUCAGGGGUUUCUGGAUUAUUCUCCAGACUUUUGGCUCUUCAUUCAGAUAUGGAAGAGACAUUUAAAGGGCAAAAAGGUGGCUCUAAGGUUAAAAUUGACCCUAACGAGAAGCUAUUCUUUAUAGGAGAGACAAACCAGGGUUUCCCUAUUAUUUACACAGUCACAACUAACAAAACUAAGAUCAAUAUUCCUCAGAAAUAUAGCAUUAUGGUUGAUAAUGAGAUUAUUCAGAAAGAGUUUAAAUAA